GAACGAUGAGAAAACGGGAAACAUACAGUGGAGAUACGGCGGUCCUCCGAUCUUCGACACCGUGAACAAGCUUUUCGAAGAAGAAAGAACCCAUAGGCAAGCGAGCAUAGCUAUAUGUACAUCAACCUUAUAUGGCUACUAGGGAAGAGAGAGAUAAGUAUAGAUCUGUCCUUGAAGAUGCAAGACAGGUUCAGUGGCGGUACGGUCACCCUCCAGACUUCAAUAGUGUGAACCAGCUCUUUGAAGAAGGCCAGACCAAGGUGUGGCCAGAAGGGUCGUUAGAAGAGACGGUGCAAAACGCAAUCAAGUCAUGGGAGAUGGAGUUCUCACACAAGAUCCGUAUACAGGACUUCAAGACUAUAAAUCCCGAGAAAUUUAAGCUCUUUGUCAAUGGGAGGGAAGGUUUAUCCGCUGAAGAGACGCUUAGACUUGGGAGUUACAACGCUUUGCUCAAGAACUCUUUGCCUGAAGAGUUUCAGUACUACAAGCCAGAGGAAGAGAGCUUUGAGUCAUCACAUGAUGCCUUCAGAUCUGCUUUACCACGCGGGUUUGCAUGGGAAAUACUCUCUGUGUACUCGGGACCGCCUGACAUAGCCUUCAAGUUUCGACACUGGGGAUACUUUGAAGGAACUUUCAAAGGUCAUGCGCCUACUGGGGAAAUGGUUCAAUUCCUGGGUCUAGGAGUUCUAAAGGUAGAUGAAUCGCUUAGAGUAGAGGAGAUUGAGAUUUACUAUGAUCCAGGAGAGCUCUUCGGGGGGCUACUCAAGGGACCUCCUAUAUCAGAGACCGAAACCACACACAGUGGAGACAACACUGCAGAGAAACAAAGCUGCCCAUUCACACACUAAGAAAUGUUAAUGAUCUACGAAUGUCUAUUGUCCCUAUAACGUUGGUUUAUACUGUAAAAUUAAAUAAUAAAGCACAAAUGUAUUUGACCUUUUAAAGAAUAUAUUGUAACAUUGUAAUAAAUUAUAAGUUAUG